UCAUAUUCUUCAAGCUACAACUACAUAGCCAUUCAACAUCUCAAAUGGCUUUAACACUGGAAAGAAAAGUUAUCCUAGCUACCAUGUUAUUUGUGGGGAUGUGGGCUUCACAGGCCAUGUGUCGCACACUGCAUGAAGUGUCGAUGUCAGAGAGACACGAGCAAUGGAUGGAGCAACAUGGCCGUGUUUACAAGGACGAUGCGGACAAAGAGAGACGGUUUAAGAUAUUCAAGGAUAAUGUUGAGUUCAUAGAAUCAUUCAACAGCGCUGGCAAUCGGCUUUACAAGCUGAGCAUCAAUCAGUUUGCAGAUUUAACCAACGAAGAAUUUCAGGCCUCUCGCAAUGGGUACAAGAUCUCCCAGAAAAGGACAUUGAAAACAACACCGUUUAGGUAUGCGAACUUUAAUGCAUUGCCAUCUAGCAUCGACUGGAGGAAAAAGGGAGCAGUUACCGCAAUCAAGGAUCAACAGCAAUGUGGAAGCUGCUGGGCAUUUUCAGCAGUAGCUGCCACUGAAGGAAUCACUCAAAUUAAAACGGCUAAGCUGAUCUCUCUGUCUGAGCAAGAAAUCGUGGAUUGUGAUAGGAACAGUGAAGAUGAAGGCUGUGAAGGUGGAUACAUGGAAGACGCCUUUGAAUUUAUCAUACGCAACAAAGGGAUUGCCAAUGAAACGACUUACCCAUACAACGGAAGUGAUGGAACCUGCAAUACUAAGGAAGAAGCUUCACAUGCAGCCAAGAUCAAAGGCUAUGAGAAGGUGCCUGCCAACAACGAGAAGGCACUGUUAAAGGCUGUGGCUAACCAACCAGUUUCAGUUUCUAUUGAUGCUAGCGGAUCUGCAUUCCAGUUUUACUCCAGUGGUAUUUUCACAGGAGAAUGUGGGACUGAGCUAGACCAUGGUGUCACUGCAGUUGGUUAUGGGAAAACUAGUAAUGGCACCGAGUAUUGGUUAGUCAAGAACUCGUGGGGUACUAGCUGGGGUGAGGAGGGAUACAUCAGAAUGCAAAGAGACAUUGAUGCUAAGGAAGGCCUCUGUGGCAUUGCAAUGGAUGCUUCCUAUCCUACUGCUUAGAAGUUAGAACCAGAAAAUGUGAAAACUAGUGUGAAUCUUCACCUAGAAUUUUCAUUCUUGUCUCAACCUGUCGUGUACCUACAUGAAGUGUGUGAAGUGUUACUUUUAUUGUGUUCUCUAAAUA